AUGGCACCGAGGAAGGGUUUCUCGCCCUUCACUCGGGUCAUCAGCCCCGAAUUAAGUCCACAAUUGAAUUGGUACAUUCUUUGUUCGAAAGUUUGUGGAUCAACGCCGACACAAUAUUUUAAGCGGUCGCCUGUUGUCGCCAGUUUUCCAGGCGACUUUCAAAAAAUCGACAGUGCCCACAUUCGGUUGCAAGAUGGCCGCCAUUACUCUAACAAGAAGUCUUCAAAUGCAACGGAAAUUGUCUGUUCCUCGUUUGGGUUGAUAACCACUUUGCUUCGCCGUUCUUCUUCGGAAAGCUCUGAGUUUAUUUCACAGCUGAGAGAUUUGCUGAACAUAGUAGAUCUCAGUAACAUUUCUGUUGACGAAGAAAACGAAAGGGAAGCAAACAAACGACCACGUGCUUCACGGCGCUUGGAAAUGCCAACGACACCAACGAACAAGACGUCGUCAUCUGUGGCCAUGACACCCCCAAACAGUGGAAACUCGCAAAGAGCUGAAGACACGAAUGUUUCCCCAAAUCUAAAAGAAAUCAGCGAAAAAGAGGAUUUGGAUACUCCAGAGAAGGUGCUGUUGAUGAAGCAGCGAAGCAGUCGCGUCAUCAAGGACGUGCAUGAUGUGUGCGACAGAAACAGGGAAAGUUUGGCGAUGGUACUUUCAAAUAUGUGCGCAUUUGGCGACCCAGAAGCGAAGGCGAUUGUCAAUGAAAUUGUCGAAGAGGUGGCUGUAAAAAGGGGAGUAAAGAGGAGUGUGGAAGAGCUAGUUGGCGAUGAUACAAUGACAAAGUAUGUGGAGUGCCUGAGAGUUCCUGAUUGGAAGCUUGUCCUUUUCCAGGCAAUGGCGAGAGUUUCUGCGAAAACGUGGCAAUCCGUGAUUAACAUCACAGGGCUCGGAAGGUCGGGGGUAAGAUGUUUAGCUACGGUAGUCUUGCGUAAAAAAAAUGAACUAUUCCACCGCAAGCCCCAAUGUUUCAAGCGUCUUAUUUCUUUUGUUUUAUGCAGUUUUAUUCCCCUAAGCGAAGCCUAGUAUGAAUGUUUAUUAAAAGUGCUAGCAAAUUAAGUUUUUAAAAGUUAGGAUUUUUCCCGCUAAACAAGAGUCAGUGAACUGUAACGAGGAUUACUUAUUUGUAUAAGCGGAUGGCGGUCCUUCAACUGAAGUUAUUAGUUGCACUAAUGAGUGUCAAGUUUUCCUGGCUAGAAUGUAAUGAUAGUUCUCUUAAGCUGCACCUUUUUGGGUAUAAUAUAUGUGAGCCCAUGGUGGGCAGUCUUAUGAUUAUACUUUGUUUUCCAGAGCAAUUUGAGCCUUUGAGCCAGUGGUAAGCUCUUUUUCAGCUGGCGAAAUAAGCUGGCAGCCUGCUCUUAGGGACAAACCCUGGGCCAUUAACAUAUAAGGUCAUCGCCCAACCUAUUAAUAUGCCAUGACACCAAGUGUAAGACGUUCAUGUUCAUGUUAAAAUAUUAUCUCUAAAGUUUUUCUCCCCUGAAAUUCUGCCGCUAGACACUGUUUAAACUGGUAGAGCUGUAUUUAUCAAGAAUUCAAAACAUAUUUGAGGAAAAUAAGCAGUGUUUUAACGGUAAAAGCCAUACUUUAACUCAUUUUGUCAUUUCACCAUGUUCAAAGUGAUAAAAGUUUUUCAUAAAAUGGUUGCGAAGUUCCUUGCUGACUGUAGCAAAUGUUAUUGUUACAUGUCAAAAUUAUGUUCAAGGGAAGAAACCUACAGAGGUUGAUUCUCUUUUCCCUUUGUUUCCUGGUGCUAGUAGGAGGCAAAGGAAACAAUGAAUCAACCUAGAUUUAAAAGUUUUAUCUUUGCAUUCUAUCACUUGCUUUCUGUUAUUUUCUUAGAAAUCCUUUCACAUGCCUCUUCUCCUCAACUUGAACCAGAUCAAGGCAGCUAAGAAGGUGGUUUUUGGAGUUUGUAAAGAAUAUAUGGGGGUUAAGAAGGUGGCUCCUCCUAUACAAGGUUUCUCUGUAAAUUUGAGUUCUGUUGUGGAGCUGAUUGUAAGGGAGCAAAGGCUGCACCAACUGUCUUCACGUGCUUUGCGACUGAUGAUGAAGCUUGAUGGGAGACCAUUCUGGGGUAAAAUUUUGGAAUAAUGCAUGCUGUCUAUACAGUUUUGUCUUUUAAUUAUUAUUAUUUUUUAUAAAAGGUCAUUCCCUACGCAUGAUGAUCAUCCACACACUUUUUUGUGUAUGUGUUUCAAAUCAACAUAACUAUGACUGUGAAAUUUCUUUGGCCUUGUAAACAGUUCUUUGUGUAGAAGGUGGUUAUUAUAAUAAUUUGUAUGAUGAAAUGGGUUGGUGAGGGGUGCAGUUUUUGUCUUGACUAAUUUAGUGCAAAAAAUUGUUUUGCAGGUAGAGCUCAGGUGUUGUUUGGAAUUGUUCCUCGUGACGGUGCUGUAUAUAGCCAGCAAAGUGCAAAAUCAGUCUACCCAUUGACAAUUGCCAACUGUAAAGAAAACAGGUCAGUGAAUUGCAACUUGCUUGAACUCUUUACUACCUUUGGUUAGAAUGUGCUUGUGGUUGUAUGUGCAUUUAACUUAAAUAUAAUGACAGAUUUUUGUAAGCCCCACUCAGUCAAUACAACAACAUUAUUAGGUCAUGCAUCCACACUGAGAUCAGUCUAAAUGGAUCGAUAUCAAUAUCCCCAAUUUGUCAUAAAUGCACUAAAUUGAACAAUGACCAUAGAUUUUCAAUUUUUGUUUGUUGACAGAGACAACCUCAAGAUUCUUCUAGAGGAUAUCAACCAUCAGAAGAAAAUAUUAAAGGAACAAGGAAUCACUAUUGAUGGUACACAUUACUCUGUUGAAUUUCUUGGUAAGAAUCAGUCUUAGUCUUGGAAUUUGUUUUAAAAGUAAACUUCUUAUUCAUAUGAUACUUUUUACAGCAAUUUAUUGUGCUUCUACCCAAUUGGUAGUGUGACUAGAACUAGAUAGAAGCAACAGUCAAACUUAAGUAAAUUAAGAGUUUUCUUAUGUAGUAAAACAUGUUCAAAAUUAAACUUCAGCAGCAAGAAAUAAAACCUGGAAUUUAUUAUUAUUGUAUGUCAGUAAUUGAUUUGAGCACCUUUUUAUUUUGAUGCAGGGGAGAUUAAUUUUCCUGAAAGUUUAGUAUAUAUUUUACCUUUUGCUUUCCCAUUUCUGUUAUAUAACUUAGUGGUAUUGGACUACAAGACGUUGGUACUUCUUUUGGUGAAGAAGAUGAAUGCGGCAUUCAUGUUAGGUGGCAGAGGUGUCAGUGUUGAGUUCUGUUUCAUCUGUAAUGCUAUCAGGGUAAAGUACUCAAAUAAUGUAGAAAUUAGUAUAUGGCAACCGCAACUUGUGCUGUUAAUGUCGAGGUACAUAAAAGUGUUGCCUCAGUUAAUCAACUUUUUUUACACCAAUUUCAGAUGACUUUGAUCUUUGCCAAUAUUUGGGAAAAUAGUUAGCGAGUGAUCGAAACAUCAAACAGGUUUAAUUCAGCCAAAACCUUUUAAUGCUGUACAGUACUUAUUUAAAGGUCAUUCUGCCUUAAAAUCACUGAAAUUGUGCAUACAUGUACUGUAAAAAGAAUAGGGUUCGUACAGAGACAUGAAUUCUUGAAAAAGUCUUCAUUUUCCAGACCUGGAAAAAGUCUUACUAUUGGUGAUAAAGUCUACAAAAAUAAUUCAAAGUCCAAAGUUUUUUUAUAGCUACAAAAAGUGCGUAAUAAGUGAUUUUUUUCCCCUGUGGUCAAGUCAAUUUCACCUGUAGCUAAGACAUUUAAUCACAGAAUGAGAAGUUUCAUAAUUUUCUUAUGUCUACAUUGCACCAUGGUUACUGUACGUUUGCAGUGCAUGAUGAAAAUAGCUUUGUUCCCACGUUUUUCAAGUUCUCUAUUGAUCACCUAUUUGAUAACCUUCAGUCUGGAAAAAUGAAUUCAUGUUUUGGAAAAAAGUCUGAAAAAAGUCUUGAAAUCUGUAUGAACUCUGACCAAGAUAAUGUGAAGCAUGACAAAUGUGUUAUUCUAUCUGAAAUUGUAAAUUUUUCUAACUUAUUUCAACACAUUAUGUACUAUCAUUCAGUUUGAUUAGUGUAGCUGUUUUCUUUCAGGGUUGCAAAUGUCAUGAUGUUGCUCCAGAUGAGACAUGUCUAGAUUGCCUCAGAAGCAAAUGCAAUAUAGGAAGGUAUGUAGGCAUUUUGAUCAUUGUCAUAUUUAAUUACAUUCAAAAACAUAAAGGGGAUUUUCUUACCUGUACAUAACAAAAUGAAUUUUCUAGCUCAUGGUUAAAUGACUUAUACAAAAUCAUGAAUUGAAAUUAAGUGAAUGGUUUGGGUCUUUGUAAUUGUUGCUAGUAAACUGAAAUCCUCAUUCACGAUCUUAAGCCAAACUUUCAAGGUUGCCAGAAAUUGUCGUCAUACUGUCAGGAAACAUUUUUAAAGAAAAACAUGACCUAAUUCACUGCUUCAGAAAAUCAAUCAUUCUUUGAAAUUGCCUUGUAGAUCAACUGGGAUACGAGAUGACCUCGUUUUUCUUUUGGAUGAAGAGCUCUGCAAUGUUCAACUUUGUGCUCUCCAUAUGGAGAUGCGCAACACUGAACAGUUGUUGGCAUCCAUUGGUCUUCUUGCACACAAGGUGGAUUCCUUAGCAGAGGCCAAUGCUGCCCUGAAAAACUAUGGCCCAGAGUCAUUUCAUGGUGAUCGAAUCUCAGUAAAGAAGAAAUCAGAUCAACAGUCUGCUAUUACAAAGCAGAAUAUCCAUGUCAGUUCAAUGUCUGGUAAGACAUUUUCUUGAAGAGAUGUUUUCCAUAUGUGUUCUGUAAAAUAUUUUUUUUUAAUUUGCUCUCAUGCUGUUGUGUUUCAGGUCCAACUGAACGGGAAAUCCUCCAGCACCUUGAAGAAAUUGUAGAACUUGCACUACCGUUGGAUAAAUUCAAGAAGCCGUACAAAGAUGUGAACACGGCCAAAAAUUUGAUCUUGAACAGAGUUACAUUUUGCCAGGCUCGUGUUGAUGUUAGUAAGAAUUAAUCGACUAUUAUUGUUAUACUUGCAAAUUGAUUUAACAUCAUAUGGUCAAGUUCACUGGUAAUAUGUAUUCAUUGAGUUCAUACAGCGUCCAGACGAUCCGUCGGAGUGCGCUUUAGGAAUCAAAUACCUCUGUGAGUAUUUCUUUAAUUGCUACAGUCUCCUAUGUAACUGAAUUUUGUUUUAGUUAGUUAGAGCUAACUAACAUAGGCUGCACUUUAGGUGGCACACCCAUGGGUGCAGUGUAACCCAGUGUUUUGUUUAGAAAGAGCUAACUAACAUAGGCUGCACUUUAGGUGGCACACCCAUGGGUGCAGUGUAACCCAGUGUUUUGUUUAGAAAGAGCUAACUAACAUAGGCUGCACUUUAGGUGGCACACCCAUGGGUGCAGUGUAACCCAGUGUUUUGUUUAGAAAGAGCUAACUAACAUAGGCUGCACUUUAGGUGGCACACCCAUGGGUGCAGUGUAACGCAGUGUGUUGUUUAGAAAGAGCUAACUAACAUAGGCUGCACUUUAGGUGGCACACCCAUGGGUGCAGUGUAACCCAGUGUGUUGUUUAGGAAGAGCUAACUAACAUAGGCUGCACUUUAGGUGGCACACCCAUGGGUGCAGUGUAACCCAGUGUUUUGACAUUUCUUUGUAGCAUGUUAGCACCUAUUUAUGUAAUUAAUGCAUUAAAUUUUUUCCAAAUGUUUAGUAUUUUGCAGAAGCUUUAAGCAAGGGCACCUUUGUUAGAGAUUUUGGUACUCACACUGAGAUAAUUGAUUUGGAAGGCUCAGGUUCGUAGAGUGACAGUAGUAUUGAUACUUUGUUUGUUCUUUGGUUACAAGUUCUGAUUUUUUUCUCUUAUGGACUAAAGAAGGUUACCAUACUAUAAUAUAACUUUUUGAGUGUCUUAUAUGCUUAUACGGAAGGGAAAAAAAAAACAUUAGGCACUGCUUGAUUUUGGACAAUAUUAAAAUAAGAAAAGGAGCUUUUUGUUUUUAAUUCCUCAAAAACAUUUACUUAAUGACAACAAAUAGCUUUUACUUGCAACAGUUAUUUGAAUGGUAUGAUAACAUAAAGGGCCUCUAAUUACAGUCUUUCUCAGGUCUUAUUUCAGUUUUUGGCUGUUUUGCAGAUGUUAAAGCUGACAUGGAAUCUCGCCUUGUUCAGUGGCAGAGCAAGUUGGAUGAGCUAGAUGUCUUUUUCAAGAAGCUGUGCAAGUCACGUAAAAAGUCAUUAUUCAAAGAAGAGGAUGCACUUGUGACCUCUGUUGCAAACAUACAACUGGAAUUGGUGAAAAGGGUAAUUGUUGAUCUUACCGACUGGAAGCUAAUUUGAGUUAUCUGUGAGUUAUUGUAAUGUAAUUGCUUUUUAUUAGUGUAAUAAUUGUUAAUUGUUUGUAAAUCACUGCCAAACACAUCAAUUGAUUAUUAAAGGUAUACUGCUUCUCAUUGAAAUGGAGUGUCGCUGAGUCUUAGUCAAAGACUUAUUUGUCUUAAUACAUUCUUAGUAAUUUUAACCUAUUGUAUAAACAUUAAAUUCUAGGUGUGCAGGGAAUGGAAGGAAAUUGCCCUGAUAACACGUGAAAAAGUGUUUAAAGAGACAGAACAAGGAGAGAUUGACCUCUUUGAUGUCAAGGUAAAAUUAUGUUUAUUUAUAACCUUGCUUCAAUUUUUAUUAUUAGUCUUGCAUUUUUAUCUCUUACUUUUUCAACUAACAGCAGUGUCUAUUUUUAAGGGUUUUUAUUAGAAAUAUUAGCAAACACAGGAAUGAGUUCUAGGAAGAAAAUAAUGUCCAUUAUAACCAUUUUAUUUUAAGAUUUAUUUAAAGUAUAGUUUGUAUUUGUUCAGUUAUUGAUCAUCCUGCUGCGGGCACCUUCCACCCUGAACUUUUUUAUCUGCCCGCUCUAUUUUAACCAGCUAGUCCCCACAUAUUUUGUUGCAGUUAGUUAAGCAAGCUAAAUUAAAAACUAAAAUACAUAUCUUAUUUUAAAUAUUUUUAUGUAGUGCAAAGAAUGGGGUUUCUUGUUAAGAGAACUAUUUGGGAGCAGUCUUGGAAUCGGCGAUUAUGGACAUCUUUUGAUUGAUCAUGCACCCAUGCUCAUGAGAUGCUUUCUGUCCAUGAGAGAAUUUAGUCAGCAAGGAUUUGAGGCUUCCCACAAGGACCAACGCCAGCUUUGGAUGAAAGCCUCAAGCCAUGAUCGCCAUGGAGAAGCGUCCUCAAGUGAGUUAGCCAUGGCAAACAUAAUUUAACUUUGGCUAGUAAUGUCUGUGAAGCAGCACUGAGGUCAUUGUUCUUGACCCCAAACGGAGUCCAGAGCAAGGAUUUCGGCACUGUUUCACGGACAGACUUAACCAGAGUUUAAUUUCAUCUGUGGCGCAGACUACAAAUGAGUUGGCCUUAAAAGAAAUUUCCAGUUAGCAAACUGUUCAUAACACUACAAUUUUAAAAUCAAGUGUAAUUAAAUUACAGUACUAGCUUUUUUAGUCUUUUAAUAAUCUCAAUUAAAAUGGUAAUAAUAUGUCCUCCUUAGUUCUUUCCCUGUAUGAUCUGUUACAUUGCAGUUGAGCAAAUGCUGGUACAUUUCUAUACUGAGAGAAUGUUGUUCCUGCGCCUUUGUCUCCGAGAAUCAAUAAAAUCAAUUGAAGGUAACUUGUUAGCUUAAUGCUUAAUUGGCAAUGAAUUGGAUUGCUUGUUUCAAUGCUGUGCUUUGCAACCAUUGGAUCCUGGCACCUUAUUUUUUCUCUUUGGUGAUUACACUUUGGAUUUCACACGUUGAAAGCAAUGGGCUCUCUUUCAUUUUUCUUAGAGCACAGCCUUGGCGAUGUAUUUGACGUAAUUAAUACAUAAGUGAGGUCUUUGGUGCCUUCGCCUUUCAUAAUUGUGAAAUGGAGCAGUGUAGGAGCAGUAUUUUGAGUUAAUGGCCUUGAAUACUGCUUAAAACAAUAUUUAAGUUUUUGCAUACCAGAGUUCGUCUAAAGAGCUGAGAUGGCCUUUCCUCUUGAUAUAUUAUUUUCUUUUCUACUGUUUGCAUAUAUACAAUCGUCAUGUUCAUAUAGUUUGUGAAUCGGUUACUAUUAUAUAUUCUCUUUCAAUACCCACUCAUGUUAGUAAAGAGAUGGAACAUCAAGAAAAGUUUAAAUUUAUAUUUCAGCAAAGAACGGUAAACAGGAUGACAGUUACACCUUCUAUUUUGCUGGUUGUGGGUGGAAGUCAAAGGAAGUUUUCUGGAGCCCUGAAGACAUCCAAUGGAUCAAGGUCAUGGACCAUCUCAUGACACUGAUGUUUGGGCAGGAUUUUUUUGAGUACACCCUUGAUGCAAAAAAGACAUGUCACGUGCGGGAUGAUUUCCAGCCCAAAUUCAAGUACAGCAGAGAAGAAUGGCUAUGUGAAUAUGCAGACAUGUUAACUGGCAUUGACAAUGUGAUCUCAGUUGAGAAUGGUAUGUGUCCUUGAUGAAGGUAAAAAGUAUUUUUUUGAAAAAUCAAACUGUGCACCUGCACCUUUAACUAGAAACGCUUGUUACUUUUAAAUGCAAUAUCAUAGAUUAUAUUUUAUAAGGAGUUUUUUUUCCUUUCCCUGGGGAAUGUCUACUUGGAUAUGUUACAGUUUAAAUUUGAUUUGAGGUUAAUUUUGAUUUAACCUAGGUUGAUUCUCAAUUUUCUUUGUUUCCUAACCCUAAUUCAUGAGAAAUUAGUGCUAAGAGACAAAGGAAAUUGAGAAUCGACCUAGCUUUAAAAAAUUUAACCUUAAAUCAAAUUUAACCUGUAACAUAUAUCUUAAUGAUAUUUUGUUAUGUAAUUUCUUGUAUCAGUGUAUAAAUUAGGCAGUUAGGUCCCUUUUUAAGCUUUAGAUCUUUGUUGUUUUUUAUAUUACAUAGUUAGGAGAUUUUAGCACCAUGUGCUUCUCUUCAAUCUGAAAUAAAAUAAAGUUAUGUAUGUAUGCAUGUAUACAUGUAUGCAUGUAUGUAUAUGUACUAAUUUUUGACUUGGUUGUUAUAUUAAUAUUAUUAGUAUUAGUAUUAUCUGUCUUACUUUUUGAGAACCCCCCAAAAACAGUCAAGAAAUCAUUACAAGUACCAUAAUAUUUUACUUUUGAUGUUUCAGAUGGCAUUGAUAUGCAAACAUCUUGUAUACCAUCAGAACUAGAAAGGAAACAAUCUGUCGUACAUGAAGAUGUGGCUGUUUCUCAAGAAGUGAAACACGUUUCAACCUGUGAACAGAAAGUGACUUUUUGUGAUGAAGAAUUGCCAAACAUUGCCGCUGGUCAGGACAGGUAUAACAGGUUUUUCUGCAUUGUUAACUUUGACUUCUUAAAUCCAUCCAUAUAGUCAGGACGUGUUAUGCUUAGGCAUCCUUGUUGUUAUCUUGUCUGUAUUUUUUUAUUUACUUUAAAUCAUCUGACUUUAGGCAUUAUUUGCAACCUAGUCCUGUCAGAUUUAAACAUUUUACUCCUUCGAAAUCUGCUAUUGAUGAUGCGAGAGAAAUUCGAGUGUCAAAAACAUAGUUAUGAACUGUCAUGUUAAUAGUUUGGUGUCUAUUGAUAUGUGAUACGCUUGCAAAACACACGCCAUUUUUACAUUAUUAUAUCACAUGGAAGACCAAUUCAAAUAGUGCAUCUCAGCACUCAUUGUUUUAUAUUUGUGUCUUUGUUUGUUUUGAUAAGUUCCGAUUAUAUUGUUUUCCAUUUCUGUUGUUGGUAAAGGAAAUAACACUCAAAUUAUCAUUUUUUAAUUAAUUAUGUUGUAUUACUUCUUAUCUUUAGAGUCAUAGCUGUGUUUCCACCACCACCGGCAGUGGGCAAGAUACAGAUUUUGAAGAUGGAUCUUGAAACUUUAGAGGACGGAAAAGAAGUCAAUGAUUCUGUGGUGGAUUUGUUUUUGAUGUAAGAGUAACUUGAAGCUCAAGGCUAAUAGAUACAUCAUCCUGAUUUCUACACUUGUACUCAUGAAAAUCAGUAGUUUAUGGCAUCAUUUCUAAAAUCAACCUUUUGUUAUUUUAUGAUUAACAAGACAGUGACUGGCUUUCUGUUUAGAGUGGAACCUCACUAUUGCAAAGGGCCAAUGGACUGGCAAAAUUUGUUUGCUGUAACGAGGUUUUAUUAUAUUUAGGUUCUUUUGCAUAUACUGUAAAAUUCUGAAAAUAAGCCCCUCCGUAUAUAAGCCCCCCAAACUUGGAACACAAAAAACCCCCUGUUAAAUCGCCUCUCCAAAUGUAAGCCCCCGGGGGCUUGUACGUGGAAUUUGCCCUCAAAUACAAAGUAAAACAAAGCAAAAACAGUAAUUUCUUUCCAACUGUAAGCUAACCCAAUCGUUUUGAAACACAAAUUUCCUUCAUAGAUAACCCCCUAAGAACAUAAGCCCCCCAAAAAUAAGCCCCUCAAAAAAAGGGCCUUUGAAAAAUAUAAGCCCCAGGGCUUAUUUUCGGAAUUUUAUGGUAUUUUAAAUUUUAAUGAGGUAAAGAAAAUUGUUUGUUAUAUCGAGAGGUUCCACUGCAGUACUUGAAAAUAUUAUUAACCUACUGGCUAUCGAUCAAUAUUGACAGAAUUUUUCUCUUAAGGUAUGCUGCAUCUAAACUGGAUGAAGAACUGUUCAACAAGUGCCACAUAUUCAGUUCCUUUUUCUUUUCCAAGCUGUCUCAGAGAGUUAAGAUAGGAGGAGUCUCUGCUUUACCAUGGUAAAUGUGUACCAUAUCCUCAUAUUUCUUAAAGAGUAAUUAGUCAGCUUUAAAAUUUUAAGGGCUUAGUCACAGCUCACCAUUGCUUUCACUGCAAAAUCAGAGCUUCUUGGCCAAUAAAUAUGUUUCCCAUGCAUUGUUUCAAACGUUAAAUUUCGUUUGUGUUUUCUUUAUAAACUGUUACACUUCCAUCACUGCGAUUUCUAAAAUCACAAUCUUGUUUCAUUUUCUCUAUAGUCCCGAGGACCGGCAUGCAAGUGCUUCAAGAUUUACGAGAAAUGUGGACAUUUUCCAAAAGAUGUUCCUCUUCAUACCUGUCUGUAGAAGGUAUUUUCUACAAUUUAUUAAUGUUUGCAGUUAGUGGUGGAUGCUCAGUUGUUGUUUCUCUAAUCUGAUAGUUAGGCAAUUUAAUCCAGGAAGCCAUUGAAUUAUAUAUAUGUAAGGAUGAACUUAAUAAUUUUCAGGUGAUGAUAGGCAAUGACUCCCAUAAGUUUGCCAGAAAUGUACAAAUGGUGUUUGGUCUGGAUACUCAGUAAAUUAUUGUGUUUAAAGUUUUUGUUUUUAGCCAGUUACAUUGUCAGACUCCCUUUCUCCUUUUUGACUUUUAUUAAAAUAUACAGUCAAAGCCCACUUCUCUUUAUUACGGACAGUUUGCUUUGUCCCUAGGGAAAGAAAGCCCCAACAUUUUCUUUACACUUCGUUAAUAUGGACACUUUUUAUGGCCCCCUCAAUGCCUUUAUUAGCAGGGUUUGACCCUGUUAUCACCUCUUUUCAUUUUAGCGGACACUGGUUCUUGGCACUAAUCUAUAACCUACCCUUUUUGGUUGGAAAAGCACAAAUGGAUAAGAAUUCGUCGCGAAGGUGUGUAGUUGAAUUGCUUGUUGAUGAUUAGAUACCUUAUAGCAGAUAACUCACUUGACUUCCUAUAGCUGUUAACCGAAUGGAGUGUCAGAAAAAAAUAUUCUGUUCUAAAUUUGCAGUUUCAAAGUAUUGUCUUUAUUUGUCAUUGAUAUUUGCAGGGCUCCAAUCAUAAUGAUUGACUCAAUCGUCUAUGGCUCAGAGGAUGGAUUUUAUGACUGUCCUUCAUCAAGAGAACAAGAGGCAGACCUCAUUCGCAGGUAACUUAGUUAAUUGCAGUGAUAGUUGGUGAAACGUUUGUUAUACCCGUUUUGUUUCCAAUACAAUUUUUAUUGCGGCCAUAUUUUUUAAGGCUAAACCUGCUAUUCUGAUUUGUUCGCAGUUUCGUAAGAUGCGAAUGGUUGGCUAAGGGAGAGAGUUCUUCUCCUGACUUCACUCCUGAAUCGAUGCCCCUAUACUACCCCAAGGUAAGACGUUAAUCCAGUGAUCAGAACAUCCCUAUCUCGGAAGUAUUUUUCUAGUUCUUUGUUGUGCAUUGAUGAGACAGAUUGCUCGUGAAAGAAUUAACACGGAAUCCACCAGAAAAUUGAGUAAUUUUAAUUUUCAGUGGACAAAAACCUUGUACCAGAAUAAUUUAAAGAAUAUUGUAUUCUUGUUUACAUUUUUCAAGGGCUAAAGAUGUAAUUAGUCAUCUAUAGUAACACCAGAGAAAAUUUCUGAUGGGAGCCCGAGAAAAUGAAUGUAAAAUUUCACAAAAUUGCAUCUUACACAUGAAAUUUUCAGAAUUUUACCUGUAUUUUCACAAUUCUUGUGAAAUUUGACAUUCAUUUUCUCGGAUCCCCAUGGGAAAUUUUCUUUGGUGUUAUUAGAGAUGACUAAAUACAUCUUCAGCCCUUGGAAAAUGUAAAAAAAGAAUGCAAUGUUCGUUAAAUUAUUCUGGUACAAGGUUUUUAUCGAUUGUGAGGUGAAGAGGGGACGAUGAUGAUGGUUUUAGGUAGCUAUCUUUCCAGUCAAAUUGACGUCUUUAAAAAUGUUUGGUCCCACAGGUGCCGCAACAAGAAAACGGUUACGACUGUGGAGUAUUUGUUAUGCUGUUUUUUGAGACUUUUUUAAAUCGAAAGGUAAGUCUAACUUUCUCUGUAUCUAACACUAUGAAACUGUUGACUGAGAAAUACAUUAUCUCUCUCUUUCAGGCAGAAUUGCCAAAGCUGAUUUGCUGAUACAAAGCGAUUUUAUUUCCUUACUCUUUUAAACAUUUUGGCGACCAGUAUUUGUUUUGUUUUUGGGCCAAGAGUUUUUUUAGUGACUUGCGUUGAUGAAAAAAAUCCAUUCAGUUGAUUGCACAGUGAAGUAAGAUUUUACAAAAGAAUGUCCCCUAAUAAAUUUUUGCCUUAAAGUGGGAUUAGUCAUGAUGGGCAUCACUAUUUUUGCUUGGCUCCAAUGUUGGACAGUCUGACUUCUCUUCUGGUCUGACUAAAACCGUAACAGUUAAUUGUUGUUUCUCUUUUAGUGUCCUGUGAGAGACCUACUGUCAGGCCAAAUCCUACCGUGGUAUGAUCAAAGUGCAGCUUUGCCGAUGCGGGAAAGAAUGACAGAUCUCAUUCUAGGAUUGGGAAAUAGUCUUAGUUCCGAUUAG